UGACGAUACUGAUAAGUACGACCUCUGUCCCCGGCGGGACACAUCAAUUCAUUCAUCACUCAUCAGUGUAGUUUGUUCGGGAUGCGGACCCUUAGUGUCAAGUUUUUUGCUUUCAUCCUCAUCGGGUGUGUCUGUGGACAAGAUGUUCCACCCGAUACGGAGUUGCGGCUGGCGGAGGGCGAGAAGAAGCUCAGUGAUCAGCUGCUGCUCAUCCUGGAACACUUUAAGCAGCCGGAGCCAGUGGGCAUCCCCGGCGCAGACAUCCCCGACCCGUACUCCGUGCCCGACAUGAAACAGUCCCUCAGCUUCGCCACCCUCUACUUCAAGAACACCGCUGUUUAUGGCAUCAGCAAGUUCAGGAUCAUUUAUAUCAAUGCUGAGAUCGGCGCUAUGGAGGUCCAUGCAGCGAUGAUCAUCGACAAGCUGCAGGCGCGCGGUAAUUACACCAUGUCCACCUGGCUGAACCGGGCCCAGGGUCCGUUCACCGUGGACAUCACCGGGCUCAAGAUCACCGCCCGUGCCAACCUCGGCGUCGAGCGCGACGGCAAGCUGCGCGCGCAGGACAUCAACAUCGACCUCGGCUUCAACACCAUCAACGUCAACUUUGAGAACCUCGGAUUUUUCGGCAGCAUGUUCCAAGGCGUCAUCAACUCUGUUGGCAAUUUCCUCUUCGAUUCCAUUAAACCCUAUGUCCUCAAAGAAGCUUACACGAAGGCCAGAGUAGAGAUCAACAAGAAAUUAGAUGAAGUAGCGGGAGACAUGCAGUUCCCUAAUUCGAUUUCUCCUUUGGAUAUGGUUAUUGCUGAUCUUAGGAAGAAAGUGAGACAAAUGGACAUGGAUCCUUAUAAAGUUAAGGAUUACAAUACGACAGUGAGUAUAUUUACAAUAGCUCUUUCGAGAACGUGGAUAACUGGGAUAUCGUCCUUCCAACGUGUUGGGAAUAUAACUCUUAAGAUGGAGAAUAAUACUGCAAUAGCCGAUUUUGAAAUAGGAAGCCAGAAACUAGAAGGGGUGACCCAGUGGGAUAUAUCUGCUAUCGGUGGACUAAUGUCCAGGGCUGGCACAGCAUCAUUUUCAGUUGAGUACCUCAGUGCAAGGAUAAUUCUAGCGCAACCUCUUGACACUAGACAAAAACCACAGUUCAGAGAUUUGGAUUUAGAAGUUGGAAAUAUCCAACUGCGUUGCGAUGGUGCGGGAACUUUGGACUACGUCAUCGAAUUUGCUAUAAAUAUAUUACCGAAUUUGCUUCGAUAUCAAAUUAUGGAUGCGAUUGAAGGCCCGCUUCAGGAGAAGGUUCAACAAGAACUGAACAAACUUGAUGUGGAAGAUAUGAUAAUACAGGAGCUACCCAAAGUAGACCAGAUGCAACAACAAGGGUUCAAGUUGUCUGCCAUCAAAGGAGAUGAGGUCGAAGAGGUAUCUUAUGAUGAGGACGAAUUUUUUAACUUUUAAUUACUUACGGUUCACUUACUUAUUUUAUAUUUUAUGUAAAUAAAUAUUUUUAGCAAACAA